AUGAGUUUGGCAACGGAUAAAACGCCCAUCACCAAGGGCGAAAACACGGAAAACGAAAAUGUCGACCAGAAACUAGACUCCGAGCCAAAAGAUUCCGUCGAAGCCGACUCCGACGCCAGUCUCGUCGAGGCUCUCCACGCCCUUGUCGAAGAACACUCGUUCGAUCAGAAUUUUCCCACCAACAUAAUCGAUCGCGCUCGAGAAUACCUCGAGAACAGAAACGAUGGCAACGAAGACCCAGAGCUCGCCCAAAAGCUCAUCGACGACUUCCACACUCAGAAGGAUUUGAUGAUCAACAACUCGGCCUACCCUGAAGUUCGCGCCGUGGUCGACCCAACCGAUGACCCAACACUCCCAGUGGACACCUUCCGAGUAUUUUUCAUGGGAACCAUCUUCACCAUCGGAGGGACGGCUAUUCAACAGUUCUUUUCCUUGCGAAUGCCCAGCAUUGCCAUUUCAACGUACGUGGUGCAGUUGCUCUCCAUGCCCCUCGGCCUCCUCAUGGCAAAGUGGCUUCCAGAGAGAAUAUUUCGCCUCGGACCUUUGCAUUUUACUCUAAAUCCUGGCCCCUUCAACCAGAAAGAACACAUUCUCGUUGCCAUGAUGGCCAAUGUCGCCUUUGGCGGCCAUUCCACCGGGGCGUACAUCGUCAGCAUCAUCCAGGUUCUCAAACUCGAUCGGUUCUACGGCGAAAAAGUACUCUCCAAUAGUAUUCCCUGGCAAAUCACCACCCUUCUGGCUACACAGCUCAUCGGCUAUGGAUGUGCUGGUAUGGCCCGACGAUUUCUCGUUUAUCCCCCGGCCAUGAUCUGGCAGAAACCCCUGGCCAACAUCGCACUCACUAAGGCCCUAUACAAAGAUAAUGGGCGGGAUGCCGGCGUGAAUGCGAACGGCUGGACCAUGUCGCGGUACCGAUUCUUCGUCCUGUCAUUUACGGCCAUGUUCAUGUGGUAUUGGAUUCCCAAUUAUCUUUUUCAAGGACUCGCUUUGUUUAAUUGGAUCACUUGGAUCUCCCCUGGAAACGUCACCCUUGCCCUGAUCGCGGGAUCAACAUGCGGUCUCGGCAUCAAUCCACUUCCGACACUGGAUUGGAACAUUGCGACAUACCUCGGAGACCCGAUCGUCACUCCAUUAUUCACACUGAUGAACUUUUCUUGCGGCAUGGCGAUCAUGGGUUUCCUCGUCGUCCCCUUCAUGUACUUCAACAACGUUUGGGAUGCUGGAUACUUCCCAAUCAAUGGGAACAAACUCUACGAUAACACUGGAAAGUUUUACGACGUCCAACGUAUCCUCAAAGCCGACCUCACCAUGAACGAAACGGCGUACUACGAUUACAGCGUGCCUUUGGUUACGACCACUCAGAUUACGAAUUAUGCUGCCUUCUUCACGCUGUACGCCGCAAUCCCUGUUCACAUGUAUCUCUGGCACCGCAAGGACAUCGCAAAUGGACUGAGGUCUAUUUGGAAUAAGAAAAAGCGAUCGGAAGAAUUCAACGACGUUCAUAACCGGUUAAUGUCUGUUUAUCCCGAGUGCCCUCAUUGGUGGUACCUUGUCGUCCUCGCCAUUUCUUUUACCCUGGCAUGCAUCUCCGUCUCUCUUUGGCCCACGGGGAUGCCCAUUUGGGGAAUUGUGCUCGCAUUGAUCUUCACAUUUGUGUUGCAGAUUCCCAUUGGCAUGCUGGCAGCAAUCACCAAUAUGGAAUUAUCCACAGGCAUCCUUGCAAUGGUCAUUGGAGGUCAUGCACUGGAAGGCAAAACCAUCCCUAACAUGAUCUUCAAAAUGUUCAGCUAUAUGUCAACAUCUCAAUCUCUCAACUUUGUGUCCGACCUAAAGUUGGCACACUACGCGAAGAUCCCACCCCGCUGUGCUUUCAAAGCUCAAGUUUACGCAACCGUUCUGGCCGGCUUCGUGGCUCUGGGAGUGAACCACUGGGUCUUGCGCAACAUACCAAACCUUUGUCAGGCAAAACAGGAAGACCGCUUCACGUGCCCUUCCACCCAUUCAUACUUCAUGUCGUCAAUUCUUUGGGGCGUAAUCGGACCGCGUCGCAUGUUCGGUACUGAUGGCCCAUACCGAGCUGUCUGCUACGCCAUUCCAUUGGGCGUUGUCCUUCCGAUUGCAGUCUAUUAUGCUGCCAAAAGAUGGCCGCGAUCAUUCUGGCGAAAUGUUAACAUCCCCGUUUUCAUGGCUGGCCCACUUGGAUGGUCCCCAUACAACUGGAGCUUUAUGCAAGGCACGGUUGUUCUGGCCCUUUUCUUCAACUUCUACAUCAAAAGGCGAUGCAAGGCUUGGUGGGAGAUGUAUGCCUACGUCUUGACAAGUUCCUUCAUGGCUGCAAUUGGACUAUCUGGGCUCGUCAUGUUUUUCGCCUUGCAAAGAUUGAACGUUCGGUUGGAUUGGUGGGGAAACCGAAUUGCUUCACAAGGAGUUGACCAAGGGGGCUUCUUUGAUGCCAACAACAGCGCUGUCAGAUGUUCGAACCUGGCCAUACCUGAACGUGGCUAUUUCGACAUAAGCUUCGAUUGGAAGGUCUAG